AAUUGCUACUGCAGUUUGGCGGAGGUGGUGAAGAGGAUAAAGAACCAACUAAAAGAGGAGGAACUCAUUGAAUUCAGGAAGAGUGUAUUCGGAUGGGUGUUAGAUGUGGAAGAAAUGCGUACAAUUAGUGGUCAGCUUCAACUGGGAUUUCUUUGCAACUACGUUAAAAAAGUAAAUGGCAUGAAAGAGACAGGUGCCAUUCGUUUUCAUAUUGAAAAUAGUCUGAUUACUUUAAGGAAAGACGAUCUUUGCAUGGCUCUAGGUCUUAAAUUUGGAGGAGUGAAACCAAAUAUGGAAGAUAAUUUCAGGGGGACGUUGUGGAGAAAAUACUUUGGUAACAAAUCCGGGGUGAGAAGGUCUGAUUGUCAAAAUGCGUUAAUGAAUUACAAUAGCGAGGACCCUGAAGCAGAACGAAAUGAUGGAGUGAAGCUUGCGUUGCUCCAUGUACUGUCACAUGGUCUUUUUGGCAACCAGGUAGCAAGAGAAUUACCAGCAUUGUAUGUGAAUUUGGUUGAUAACUUGGAUGGGUUCAAUGACUACCCGUGGGGAGACGAUGUCUGGACUGAGUUGGUAGAUAUUAUGCGGAUCAAUUCAAAGAGUUUAAAGAAAUGCGUAGGGCAACGAGUCACACUGCCAGGAUGUUUGAUUGCCAUCCAAGUUUGGGCAUUUGAAACCUUCACAGGGCUUGAAAAGGCAGAGAUAUGCAAGUUGAUUGAAGGGAGAGAGUCUCGAAUACCAAGGGCAGUCAAGUGGGAAUUCAUUAAAAAACCAUCAAUGGAGUUGUUGAGCAAAAUAAUAUUCAAGAAUGAACAGUUUGAGUGGAAAAUGAUGGAGCCUACAAAUCUGGAAGGUGAACAUUUCCCUAACUUACUAGCCAAUGAAAGGUUGAGUUCUGAGAGGAGUAGCAAUGAUGGAAUUGAUAUUGUUAAUAGAGUUGAUGGGGUGAAGGUGUUUGAGAAAAAAGGAAAGAAUGUAA